GUCAGUCGUGACUGUCUACAUUACUGCUGUCUUUUGCUAGAAAAAAAAAUCGAGUAACAGCUGAAGAAUGCUGUCGAAAGCAUACUGCUUCAUUAACAUUAUUCUGGUGAUUCUUGGUGUAUGUGGCGGUUAUCCAGGACAAAAAUCAAAACUGAAAGACCACAAGAACUGGAAACUUCUCCCUGACCAGUCCUCAUGUGGUAAAUCAAACUCAUACGAGCGUAUAGUUGGAGGAAGCGCUGCCAAACUGGGCCAAUACCCUUGGAUGGCCAACUUAAUACGUAAGACGAAGGGCAUAUUGACCUUCUCUGCGGUGGUUCUCUAAUCAAUGAGAACCAUGUGCUAACUGCAGCACAUUGUAUUGUAUCGGGCUUGAACUUUGUAAGAGUGGGUGAGUAUAACUUGGAUACAACACUGGACUGCGAGGGAUCGGUAUGUGCUCCUAGAGCUAUCGACUACAGGAUCCUUAAGGCUGUAGGUCAUCCAAGAUACCGGGCAAGAAAAAUGCUGCAUGACAUUGCUUUGAUUAAACUUAAAAGCCGUGUAAGAUUCACCCCUUUUAUUCGCCCAAUUUGUUUACCCCAAGGCCGUAUGCUAACUUCCUACCGUUUGAGCGGCAAUGUGACCGUUGCUGGUUGGGGAAGCAUUGAUCCUGAUCCAGACAGAAAUAUUUUUCCCUCAAAGCUCCAACAUAUCAGUAUUCCAGUUGUAUCUUUGAAACAAUGUCAAGCCAUUUUUCUCAAAUCUAACAUAGAUGAAGGAAAUCACUAUUGUGCUGGAGGAGAAGGUAGAGAUUCCUGCGUAGGUGAUUCUGGUGGACCAAUGAUGAAAUCUUUCGUGGAUGGUAGUAGCAGAACUUAUUUCAUUUUUGGGUUAGUGUCAUACGGAAGCGACGUUUGUGGAUAUCCUGCAGUGUAUACUAACGUGCCUGAGCAUAUAAAAUGGAUCUUGGACAAAAUAUCUAAUUAGGAAGUUUAAUAAAAAGUAUUGCUUUGCCCACAUUGAUGCCGUUUUUACGUAGACUCGUAUUCUCCUAUUUUCUUUCUGUCACCUCUCUCCAAAUGACUAGACAUACAGCGUACUGAUGGUUGCUAAAACAACGUUGGAUACGAUUGGGUAAUAUCAAAUGGCAUGUGAUUUUUGCAGAUGAUCUUAAAUUAUUCCGAACAGUGCGAAAUAUCCACGAUGCAGAGGUAUUACAAAGAGAUAGUGCGUAUUACUAACCAAUUGGAAUAAAUGUUGCAAGUUUUAGCCGUAGUUCUCGUAUGGAUAUAAAGUUGAAAACAUGAGAAAUGAUACAGUUAGGGAUAUAGAGAAAUUACUUCAAAAUCGCUGCUCUUUGCUUCAGAACCAUCGAGUAUGUUGAACAUAGACUCCUCGAACCAAGGCAGGGAAAUUUUUGAUUUAUUUUUCUGUUCAACAUAGUUAAUGGUGUGAUAAAUUGCCCAGAGUUACCCAAAUAAAUCUGAAUCUUAAUGAAAAACAAAGUCGCACUAGAGAAUUGUUUACGAUCCCACAUCAAUCUGCGAAUAAUAGUAUAAAUGGACCAGUUACUAGAAGUUUUAGAUCUUGCAAUACAGCUGUGAGCUACAGUAUACAUAGAUAUUUCUAGUGGCAAUAUUGAGCGCAUAAUAACUUUAGUUUCUUAGGUCUUAAAUAGUAUGUUGGGUAUCACAUGAAUCUCCAGGUCUCCUUUAGGUUAAUAAUUUAUGUAAAACUAUUGUCAUCAUUCAUAUAAACGUAGGGAAUGCUUUUUUUGUAAGGGGAAACCGCAAAUAAAUAAAUAUGGUCGCAGAGAUGGAAGGCAAACAGAUCUUAUUCAGCCUCUUGAUUCAUGUAAAGAUGCAUCCAACCCACGUGAUUAUGAAAAAAAAAUAUUUCAGCUUGCCUUUAGUUUUUGCAAAGCACGUCAAUGCUGACAGCAUGCGAGUACCUAGUGACAAAGGAACGCCUUGUUUGGCUUCGGAGAAGUUGCUCAGAGAUGCCGUCAUAAGUAGGGAUUGGCUACUCGUAGGUGACGUGUCACAUUUAUUUUUUGCACAUCAGGACAAUAAGCUCCUCGAAAGACUUGUUGGUAUUAUUUCCGUCAUCUGUUUCCAAAUGAAUAGAGCUAUACCGUACUGGUCAUUGCUAAAAAGCACGGAAUAACGUUUUAUAUGGUUGGUAUCUGUCGCAGAGAUGAUUACAAAACAGAUGCUACUCAUACCCUUUUCGUUACCCAGUGGUGUCCCAAAAGUCAUGGUGCAAACGAGAGGGGGUUAUAGAGGCAGUCAUUUGCAAUCAGAAAAAGGAUAUAAUAAUUAUUAUGUCCUUAUUCGAUUGUGCGCUGUUUUUGAGAAUUUGAGGAAAGUCAGUACUUUUGAGACUCUACCACUUGUUUUUGAAGUUGUCUUUCGUUAUUUUUCAAUCAGAUUCACAAGGUCCGUUCCCAAAUAUUGUGUUGCUGGAUAGCCGCUAUAAGUGAAAAUUGAGUUCAGUUAAUGUUGGUACAGCAGCCUGCUAACCUGAAAUUUUGUCUCUUGUCAAAACUAUUAUAGCAUAUUAAUCAAAGCCUAUGCAAAAAAUUAGCAGGCGGAUAAAGUGUUCAUAGUAUUGAAAAACUUUACAUUCGAAUUUUGAAAAAUCAUUCCCACUACGUUCUGCCAACAGAACGGAAAAAAUUAAAAAAUCAGUUAAUUGGACAACAGACAAUGUUUUUAAGUACAAUCGACAAAAGUGGGGCUGCAACUGACGCAUCAUACCGGGUGCCCCAGACAGUUACACAAAAGAAGAAACCUUAUGAAGACGGGAAAAUGACAAAACAGGCGUUUUUAGAAGCUGCAGAUUCAUUAUUUGCUAACUUUAGAAAUGAAGUUGAGAUAGUGUAUGCCAUAAUAUAGUUUUACUAGUACAUUUAAGAAAUGACUUCGAUAACUGUGCUUAUUAUUCGCUGCAGCUAGAUGAAUUGACAGAUGUCGUUGGCACCUCUCAGACGGCAGUGUUCGUCAGGAUAGUUUUUAGUGAUUUUACGAUUAAAGAAGAUCUUUUGCAGUUUAUUCCGCUGAAAGGACAUGCGACGACUGGGCAGGACUUGUUUUCUUCUUUUAAAAAUAUUAUUUCUUCUGAAAAAAUUCCAAUAUCGAAAACGGUAGGCUUGACAACCGAUGGCGCUCCAGGGGUUAUGUUGUAAAGAUGAAAGUUUUCCGCAAAUUCUCUGUUACCACUGCAUUAUCCAUCCGCAAGCAUUAUGUGGACAUUUUCUAAAACUAAACAACGUUAUGAAAUUGGAAUUAAAAAUUGUGACCAAGAUUAGAGCUCAAGCGUUACAAAGAUUAUUCAAAACCUUGGCCGAUGGAAUUGACUCUUCACUCUGAAGUCCGAUGGUUAAGUAGGGGACGAGUGCUGAAACGUAUCUGCCAUGGUUCAAUUUUUCGAACAACGUGAUGAACCGAUUCCGGAACUGGAAAAAUCAAUCUGGCUUAGAAACUUUGGUUUUUUUGUGGAUAUCACAAAAAAAUUAAAUGAACUUAAUUUGCAGCAUUAGGGGAGAGACAAAGAACUAGCAGAAAUGAUUUCUGAUAUAAAAGCGUUUAUAGACGAAAUCACGAAAGAUGAGAAUUACGUCACCAUUUUAGUAUGUAGUAAAGACAAACAACAACGAUUUGUGAAUAUUUUCAAUGAAGUUUCAGAUAUGCUAGACAGAGACAAACAGAAUUUUAUUGUCUAAAUGAGCUGUAUCGCUAAUUUGCAUGUAUCCGACAAAGGUGGACGAUGUUGCUUAGGUUGUUUUUGAAUAAUACUUUUUAGUCUUUGUUGUUCCUGUCUUAAGGUAUUCUACCCACAACUUUUUUUUCGAAACAGAAACUCCCCACUAAAAUUAUUAUUAAGGUAUCACUCAAAACCAUGAAGUAAUGAAAAAGUUCGCAAAAUCAUAAUAUAAAUUUGUUGUCAUUAUGUUACUGGCAUCGUGAUUUUAUCAUCAUUUAUGGUAUGACGUAAUAGUCAUCUUUCGUGAUUUUGACUAUAUCCAAACGCUUGAGUUUUGGGAACAAAACUUAAUCGACGUCGAUACCAGGCAUUUCCCUGUUCUUUCAGAAAAGAUAUCUCAAAGCCCAUUAGAACAAUAUGACAGUAUAUAUCAUCGAGAAAUAGUAUCUGAAGGAUAACUUCAAAAAUUAUUUCAAGGAUUUUAACGAAGUUGCUAUAGUGGCGCAAUUUGUUGUUUCGCCCUUCUUGGAAAUUGAUAUCCAACAGUUUGCAACUUCUGUUACGCAGAAUUUUAGCCAAGACAUCGCUACCGCAGAAACGGAAGUGAUUGCGUUUCAAAAUGAUGUAGCUUUAAAAUCAUUAGUCUCAAAUACAAAAUGUAUCUGGCCUUCAGUAAGUAAAGAUAAAUAUUCAGUUUUAUGUCGUGUUGCCUUGAAAGUGAGAGCGUUAUUUAGUUCAACCUAUUUGCGUGAAUCUUCUUUUCCAAAUAUGAAGUUUAUUAAAAACAAAUACCGAAAUCGACUUAACAGAUGAACAUUUGAAUAAUUAUUGUAUUCGCAUGGCGGUAUCAAAUUAUAAAAAUAAUGUCAGUGAGUAUGACCGUCAGGCUUCUCAUUGAACACUCAUUGUUUAUCUGCACAUUUUUUUAUUUAAAAUAGUGCGUUGCUUUUUUUUAUUUUUAGUUACCUUUAAAAUCGUAUGUGACAUGCGAUUGUAGCUGACGAAAAACUUGGAUUAUUUUUCAAACAGCUACGAUUGGUAUGGAUGGAUGUAG